AUGGCUGACCGUCGUCCAGAAGAACCAGAAAUGUCUCGAGCAAAGCGUCCAAGAACCGAAGAUAUGGAUCCAAAGUCGAAUCCGUAUUUGGCGCAUAUGUAUGAGGAGGAAAGUAAUGGCUGGGGCAAUGGUUCGAAUGGUACUGGAUCUGGACUAUCGAAUUUCAAGCGCCAUCAAACGACUGCUGCACAGGCACAUGAAGCGGAAGAUGGUCCUUCGAAUCCUUUUAAUGAUAAGCCUCUCUCCAAACAGUAUUUCAAUAUCUUGAAGACUCGAAGAGAUUUGCCUGUGCACAAGCAAAGACAGGAGUUCCUUGAUAUGUUCCAAAAGACCCAAAUCCUGGUCUUCGUCGGUGAAACUGGUUCUGGUAAAACAACACAAAUUCCUCAAUUCGUCCUCUACGAUGAUCUACCUCACCUCAGUGGCAAGCUCGUCGCUUGUACACAACCUCGUCGAGUAGCAGCUAUGUCAGUAGCACAGCGUGUGGCGAACGAAAUGGAUGUGAAAUUGGGAGAUGAAGUCGGAUAUAGCAUUCGUUUCGAGGAUGUGACGAGUUCGAAAACCAUACUCAAAUAUAUGACUGAUGGUAUGCUUCUGAGAGAAGCAAUGCAUGAUCACAAUUUGACGAGAUAUAGCUGCAUCAUUCUUGAUGAAGCUCACGAACGUACUUUGGCCACAGAUAUUUUAAUGGGUUUGUUAAAAGAAGUGGCACUUAGACGACCGGAUUUAAAGAUUGUUAUUAUGUCUGCUACACUUGAUGCACAAAAGUUCCAAAAAUACUUCAACGAUGCUCCGCUUCUAGCAGUACCUGGACGAACACAUCCGGUCGAGAUCUUUUACACACCAGAGCCAGAAAGAGAUUAUGUUGAGGCGGCACUCCGAACAGUUUUACAGAUCCACGCCACCGAAGGCGAGGGAGAUAUUUUGCUGUUCUUGACUGGUGAAGAGGAAAUUGAAGAUGCAUGUCGGAAAAUAUCAUUAGAAGCAGAUGAGAUGAUUAGAGAAGCAGAUGCAGGUCCAUUAAAGGUGUAUCCACUUUACGGUACAUUACCACCGGCACAACAACAGAGGAUUUUUGAGCCAGCACCACAGCCAUUGAGGCCCGGUGGACGUCCAGGACGAAAGGUCAUUGUAGGAACAAAUAUUGCAGAAACAUCCUUGACAAUUGACGGUAUCGUGUACGUCGUUGACCCCGGAUUCAGUAAACAAAAGGUCUACAAUCCAAGAAUUCGAGUCGAAUCCCUUCUUGUUUCGCCUAUCUCAAAAGCAUCCGCACAACAGCGAGCUGGUCGUGCUGGUCGUACAAGACCUGGUAAAUGUUUCAGAUUAUAUACUGAGGCAGCUUUUAAGAAAGAACUCAUCGAACAAACGUAUCCCGAAAUUCUUCGAUCGAAUUUGGCCAACACUGUCUUGGAAUUGAAGAAACUUGGUAUUGAUGAUUUAGUACAUUUCGAUCUUAUGGAUCCACCAGCUCCAGAAACACUCAUGCGAGCACUCGAGGAACUCAACUACCUUGCCUGUCUGGAUGAUGAUGGAAACCUCACACAACUAGGCAAACUUGCCUCAGAGUUCCCUCUCGACCCUGCCCUUGCCGUAAUGCUCAUUUCAUCCCCAGAAUUCUAUUGUUCGAACGAAAUUCUCUCGCUUACUGCUCUCCUCUCUGUUCCUCAAAUUUUCGUCCGCCCCGCUUCAGCCAGGAAACGCGCCGAUGAAAUGAAAGAUCUCUUCGCUCACCCUGACGGAGAUCACUUAACCAUGCUCAAUGUCUACCACGCUUUCAAGGGCGAAAAUGCUCAAGCGGACCCUAAACGCUGGUGCCAUGAACAUUUCCUCUCUCUUAGAGCUCUUCAGUCAGCUGAUAACGUCCGCCAACAACUUAAGCGCAUCAUGGAAAAAUCCGAACUCGAUCUUGUAUCCACAGAUUUCAAUGAUAAAUCUUACUAUACCAAUAUCCGACGUGCACUCGUAGCAGGUUUCUUCAUGCAAGUUGCCAAGAAGGAGGCGACAGGCAAAACAUACAAAACCGUUAAGGAUGAUCAAAGUGUGUUAUUACAUCCUAGUACAGUAUUGAAACAGGAUGCCGAAUGGGUGUUGUAUAAUGAGUUCGUGCUUACGACGAAAAAUUACGUGAGAACUGUAACGGCUAUUAGACCGGAGUGGUUAUUGGACAUUGCGCCAACAUACUACGAUAUUCCAACCUUUGAGAAAGGAGAAAUUAAAACAGCCUUAAUUCGUGCUCAAGAUAAGAUUAAGAGGAAGCAAGCUAUGAAAGGUGGGAGAUAG